AAGGAAAAGACUCAUAUCAACAUCGUUGUCAUCGGACAGGAAGAUUCGGGCAAAUCUACCACUACUGGUCAUCUGAUCUACAAAUGUGGUGUGAUCGACAAAAGAACCAUUGAAAAAUUUGAGAAGGAAGCUGCUGAGAUGGGAAAGGGCUCAUUCAAGUAUGCCUGGGUCUUGGAUAAACUGAAAGCUGAGCAUGAGCGUGGUAUCACCAUUGACAUCUCCCUGUGGAAAUUUGAGACCAGCAAGUAUUAUGUGACUAUCAUUGAUGCCCCAGGACACAGAGAUUUCAUCAAAAAUAUGAUUACAGGCACAUCUCAGGCUGACUGUGCUGUUCUGAUUGUUGCUGCUGGUGUUGGUGACUUUGAAACUGGUAUCUCCAAGAAUGGGCAGACCCGUGAGCAUGCCCUUCUGGCUUACACACUGGGUGUGAAACAACUAAUUGUUGGUGUUAACAAAAUGGAUUCCACUGAGCCACCCUACAGUCAGAAGAGAUACAAGGAAAUCGUUAAGGAAGUCAGUACCUACAUUAAGAAAAUUGUCUACAACCCUGACACAGUAGCAUUUGUGCCAAUUUCUGGUUGGAAUGGUGACAACAUGUUGGAGCCCAGUGCUAAUAUGCCUUGGUUCAAGGGAUGGAAAGUCACCCGUAAAGAUGGCAGUGCCAGUGGAACCAUGCUGCUUGAAGCUUUAGAUUGCAUCCUGUCACCAACUUGUACAACUGACAAGUCUUUGCGUCUGCCCCUCCAGGACGUCUACAAAAUUGGUGGUAUUGGUACUGUCCCUGUGGGCCGAGUGGAGACUGGAGUUCUCAAGCCUGGCAUGGUGGUCACCUUUGCUCCAGUCAAUGUCACAACUGAAGUAAAGUCUGUUGAAAUGCACCAUGAAGCUCUGAGUGAAGCUCUUCCUGGAGAUAAUGUGGGCUUCAAUGUCAAGAACGUGUCUGUCAAAGAUGUUCAUCAUGGCAAUGUUGCUGGUGACAGCAAAAAUGACCCACCAAUGGAAGCAGCUGGUUUCACUGCUCAGGUGAUUAUCCUGAACCAUCCAGGCCAAAUCAGUGCUGGCUAUGCCCCUGUACUAGAUUAUGAAGACUCCGAGGCUCAGGAAUUUGAAGUAAGUUGUCCAACGUCACAGAAAGUGGCAGAUUUGGGCUUCAACCCAUGUCUGUUUGACCCAAAAUUGUACUCUCAUCACACCCUUACUUUGAAGACUUGUCGGUUAUUGAAAAUGAGUCAGAAUGCCCACAUUACUUGA